UUUAAUUUUUUCUUCUUUUUGGUGGUGAUGAGUUUUCUUUUUUUCUUCUUAUUUAUUUAAUUUUAUUCUUUAAUUGUGAUUUUUUUUGUUCUCUUUUAAUUCCGAGUUUCCUUUUUCUCUUUAUUUUUGUAACUGGUUCAUCUUUUCUUCUUCCUCUGACCUUUUUUUUCUAAAUUAAUUCUUUUUCUUUUUUUCUCUUUUUUCCCUUUCGCUUUAGUCUUUCCUUUUUUUUUACUUCUUUCUCUCUCUCACUACUGGUUGUCUUCAUCUUUUCUUGUGUUUUUUGUUUGUGGAAUAUUCAUCCCUCUGUCUAUGGUUUGGCUCGUUUAUCAUCAAUCUCAUCAUCUGGUUAUUAUUGGUCAACUUAAGUGAGAAUUUAAAGAGAAAGAGAAAAGAGCGAACUGGACAUAGAGAGGAAAAAGAGAGAGGGAGAGAGAGACAAACUAAAAAAGAGAAAAGAACAUUUUUGUUUGGCUUUGAUUGAAGCGAAGAAAGAAAAAAAAAAGAAAAUGUCUUUUUGUCUCACAAGCUCAUCAACGGCCAAUAAUUAUGAGGAAAUUGGAUUCAUUGGUGAAGGAACUUAUGGAACUGUUUUCAAAGCUCGUGAUCUAGUUAACGAAGGACAAUCAGUGGCAAUUAAGAAAGUGAAUGUUGCCCUUUAUGAAGACGGUGUUCCACCAACUCUCAUUAGAGAGAUUUCACUUCUUAAACAAUUAGAAAUGUAUGAACAUCCAAAUGUUGUCAGGUUACUUGAUAUUUGCUAUGCUAAACGUUUAGAGAAAGAGAAACAAUUAAUUUUGUAUCUUGUUUUCGAAUAUAUUGAACAAGAUUUAGGAAAAUACUUGAGCCAUUGUCCAUCUCCAGGCUUAGGACCAGAUAGGAUUAAGGAUAUAAUGUAUCAAAUUUUGAACGGUGUUGAUUUUUUACAUUCCAAUAGGAUAGUGCAUCGAGAUUUGAAGCCACAGAAUAUAUUGAUCACUAAUAGUGGAAGAGUAAAAUUAGCCGAUUUUGGAUUAGCUCGUAUUUAUGAGGAUUCACGAGCUUUGACCUCAGUAGUUGUUACCCUUUGGUAUCGAGCACCCGAAGUGCUUUUAGGAGCAAGUUAUGCGAGUUGGGUGGAUAUUUGGAGUUGUGGUUGUAUUUUCGCUGAACUUCAUCGACGAAAAGCAUUUUUAAAUGGACAAUCGGAACCUGAUCAAUUGAGUAAAAUAUUUUCGGUUAUUGGAAGUCCAUCGGAAUCUGAAUGGCCUGAAGAAGCCUAUUUUCCAUGUAACUCUUAUGCAGGAUUCAAAGCGAUUCCUCUGAACACUUUAUUACCUGAGAUGCCACCUGAAGCUUGUGAACUAUUGAAGGCCAUGCUGAGGUUUAAUCCUCGACUAAGGAUAACAGCGAAAGAGGCCCUUAAUCAUGUGUAUUUUGAUGAAUAUGUGCUACAUCCACCAAUCUAUGAAUACGAAUGUAGCAACAAGUCGAAUCAAAGCACAACUACAUCAACUCGCAAUGGAACAAAAAACCAAGGGACAAAAUAAUCAACUAAUUUGAAAGACUAAAAUGAUUAAACAAAGUACCAAGAAUGAAACAAUUUACUGAUGAACGCACACCCUGGUUGAAGAAUUCACCCUUUUACAACUUCAUCUAACAUAAUCAUCAAUUAACAUUUCAUCAUGAUGUCUUCCUCUUCCUUUCCCUUAGUUUUAAUUAACUUACUAGUGGUUAAUCUUUAUCACUACUUUUCAUUUAGAUUUUCACACAUCAACUUGAGCCAAAACAUGCACAUAAACAAACACACAAUCACAUCUAAACACAUGCACAAAAAAAACUCAUAUUAACUAAAUCACUAAAUCACCAGAGUCCCAACAUCAAAUUACUGGGAUAAUUUUUUCUUCUCAUUUUUAUCAACAAGCUCAAAGCACAUUCACAAAUCUAAACACAAACACAAACACAAAAAGAAACACGAACACGAACACAAAGCGUACACAUUGUAAACUAUUUCUUAUUUAAACUUAAGUGAAUCAUUUACUCAUUGAUACAAAUUAUGAAAAUUCAUUGGUGACGAACUCUAAUGUUACCUGUGGAUUAUUUUUAUCUUUUCUCUCUCUCUCUCUCUCUCUCUCUCUCUCUCUCUCUCUCUCUCUCUCUCUCUCUCUCUCUCUCUUUCUCUAUCUUCCUUUCUGAUUAUUCUCUUACCCCUUGACCCUUACUUGUCCUCACCUAUUCUCAUCUACAACUUUUACCUCCCAAUUCCUAUUUUUUUGUAAGCACAAUAAUUUAACUCAUUCGGUGUUCGAUUGACAUCAACUGAGAUCACAAUCUAAAUUACCUGUUAAUCAAAUAUAAACUGUUACACUAAAUACAA